GUGUGAGUUGAAGAACCCAACACAUUUUCGCAUGUUCAUCUCGACGCGGCUACAUCCAACCUUGAACCAGCUCGCCGCCCGAGAAUCCCGUAGAUGAAACCGAGCCGUGCGUCGAAGGUGGACCGGUGGCCGAAUCUCCCGUCGAGAAUGGCUCCGAGGACAUACAUGGCUUCCUUCUCGACUUGUGCCUUCUGUCGCCAGGAAAACCAUUACAGGACCCUUGGCCUAAAACAGGGAGCGACGGCCCGAGAGAUCAAAUCAAAUUUCUAUGAGCUUUCCAGGACGCACCACCCGGACAUGAAUCCCAACGGGGCCACCUCAGCAGACCGGUUCAAAAAGAUAUCUGAGGCAUACAGCGUCCUGUCAGAUCCAGCGCAGCGGAAGCGGUAUGAUCAGACCCUGACGCCCUCGGGCGUAGCAGGUGCGAGUGAUCCAGGGAUGACCUACGCGGGAAUGGGGUCGGACUAUGGGUCGCGGAAUGCGGAGCGCCGGGCGAGUGCGAACUAUGCAUGGUCGACCCGGGGUUCCCGGGCAGGCCCGAGGAGCGAGCUCCGUGGCCGACGGGACCCGCUCAAAUCGGCCCAGCAGCCCGGCGACUUCUCUGCAACCCUCGAUCGCUUCGAGCGUCUGGCCCGGCGCCGAAAACCCUCCUCCUCCUCCUCCGCCUCCUCCCGUCCUGAUGAACCCUGGCUAGACCCAUUCCACACGCCUUCCCCAACACAACCCAGGCGUAAAGUCUCCCCCGCUCAACAAGCUGCCCAGAUGGCUCUCAUGCUCUCCUUAAUCUUCUGGGUCGGCAGCAAACUUCAACUUUAAAUCUCUCCGCUCCUCCUACUCCUGUACUCAAUACGGCCCAUGAUGACAAUCAUCCCAUUGUAAAACAAUCGAUUUACAUACAUUGCCAACUUGCUGGAUGAUCUUUAUAUAUUCAGGUUCUGGAAUCUUCUUUCAGCAAGCUUAAUAUCAUUGAAAAAUUAAACCAACCAGCAUUCAGUAGCUGAUCCCCUUUUCUUAAUUAAACAAAGACCAAAAUUGACCCAUGAAUUAUUGCAUGUAAUGACCCUGCUAAGAGAGAGAGAAAGAGGGGAAGAGAAGACGAAUAGCUAAAAGCGGAGAGCUAUGGGAAGCAGAGUUUUCGAUGGGUCCGAUGUUCUAACAAAGUAGCUGAAAAGCCAGUAUUAGUAACCUUUGAUGGAGGUGAAAGAAUCUAAUGAACAGGAAAACUUAUAGGGAGGCUUUAGCGUCUGUAGUAGACAUGAAUACCAGAACCAAUAGUAUUGUUACAUCUGAUCAGACUGCUAAUUAGAGACUCAAACCAACCACCCCCGAAGUUGCAAGAACAGAGUUAACAUCAAUAAUGAAUGAAGAAAGCAAGAUGCAAAGAAGUGUCCACAAGAAUAGGAAUCAAAAAGUAACCAUAAGAUUUGGGAAUCAUUGUAAUUAAUAAUGGGAAGUAAUGGUGAUCAUGGGAGAUAGCCGCCAUCACAGGGAAUGCAAUUAAUGGGCCAAUAGAACAAUAAUGAUAAUGAAUGAAUGAAUGAAUGAAAGCUUGUGUUGUGGAAGAGAACCCAAAAGCUCCUACAUUGUUAUAGAUAGACAUUAAUCAUUUACAUAAGAUUGAUAGCACUCAUCACAGUUGAUGUUCAUGAGCAUGUUGAGUUCACUGAAAUGUGAUGAGCAUGUUGCAACUGGAGAGAAAUCAAGGGUCAAGGCUCAGUCCAAUCUGGUCCAUCUGUGAUCCAGAUACAAACAGAUUUCAAGUGUAGGUGAGUUAG